AUGAAAUCUGGCCAGGUUUAUAUUUGGACCCCUGCUGACAGGAGUACAGAAACAGCGAGGAUACAAACCGCAAUUCUAGUUGUUGUGGUAGCACUAGAAGAUACUACAACCUCCUGCUCCAAGAUCCAGAAGAUUCUGGAUGCCAAAAACAUCCGUAUAGCCAAUGAUGACGUAGUACAUGCGGCACUUGGAGUCAAGUCCAUCGAUGUGUCUCCCCUGACAAUCACCAAGGAUAAUUCUUCAACCGUACAAGUUCUCCUUGACCAGAGUCUUGUGGAUACUCCCAAAGUUGCUAUCCAUCCUUCGGGAUCAGACACUACUUCUUUUGUCUCUGGUACUCAUCUUAAGAGCUAUCUCGAAGAAACUGGCGUGAAACUUACUAUACACACCUUUAACACAGUCACCAACGAACGCCGGAACGAGGAAAACCCGAAAGCAGACCGCCAAAAGACCCCCACCAAAUCGGCCAAGCCUGCCAGCGCCAGAAUUCCAGAUGCCGAACUCAUUGGGAUCACAACCCAGAAAGACAUCGAUUUCCCUAAUUGGUAUCAGCAGGUUCUUACUAAGGGUGAUAUGUUAGAAUAUUACGACAUUUCUGGAUGCUAUAUUUUGAAGGCUUCCAUGGUCAUACGGUAUCUGGGAGAAAGUCCAAGCCUGAUAACUGCUAUUUUCCCAUGUUCGUCUCUGGAAAGGUCCUUGAGCGUGAGAAGGACCAUGUUGAUGGCUUCGCCCCUGAGGUUGCUUGGGUCACCCGAGCCGGCCAGAAUGAGCUUGAAGAGCACAUCGCCAUCCGUCCAACCUCUGAAACUGUCAUGUACCCCUACUACGCAAAAUGGAUCCGCAGUCACCGUGAUCUCCCCCUCAAGCUAAACCAGUGGAACUCCGUUGUCCGCUGGGAGUUCAAGCACCCUCAGCCUUUCCUCCGUGCCCGCGAAUUCUUGUGGCAAGAGGGUCACACAGCUCAUAUCACCCAGAAAAGCGCUGAAGAAGAGGUCCUUCAAAUUCUCGAGUGGUACGCAAGCAUCUA